AUAAAUUGGAGAGGCUCAAUUGAAAGGAAAGCAUUAGAAUUAAGAGGGACGGGAAAGGCUUCCUGUCAAGGGUGUGCGUUUAGCUGGGACACUCCUUUCUCCUGGCCUAGACCCCAGACUCCUCUCUGGACUGGACCUUGUUUAAUCUACAUUCAUCCAAGGGUGUAAAGCCCUAUAGAAAUGUUAGUUAUCCUCAGUGUCUCCUUUUCUAGCAGCCUUUCCUAGUGCUUUGGAGACUCCUGGGAAGCUCUGAGUAAAAUACCUUGUCCCUGCGUCCCAGUCCCAUAGAUGUCAAUCCUUUCUUUGGAUUUACCGGCUAACCCAAAGAUGGCCUCUAAGCCUGACCAGGGGAAAUCCAGAACCCAGCCAGUGAGGGUGGGACCCAGCCUGUUAGGGAAGGAAGCCGCGGUCCCGGGAGGUAAGCAAAAUGACUAGCAAAGAAGGAAAGGCAGCUCUUCCUGCUACGGGAUGAGAGGAGGCUGAGGGAGGAAAGGAAGUCUGGCAGGGAGAAAGUGGAAGGGGUGCCUUCAAUGCUUUUUUCCUGUUCCACCCAGUCUGCCGGUUCCUCUUUGCCCACUGUAAUUUUGGUGUCAGCGCAAAAGUUUUUCAUGCGUUCCCUUUCAUUUGCAUUUCCUUGGUCUCGGUUUCAGGUUCUGCCUCUGUGUGAGCCUCAGUUUCCCUCUCUGUAAAAUGAGGGGGGCGGCGUAGGUGGUCUCCGGGUCUCUCUUUUCCAGACCCACUAGUAAGCCUUCUGUGUGAGGGGCGUGUGCGGUUCUCGGUCUCUGUUUAAUCUCCGGGUAUCUCGGCGGAGUCUCUCCCGGCCUCCCUCCCACACUGCUGUGACUAGCCCUUUAUCCCCAGCCAGUUAGACUGGAAAGGUGAGCAGGGCGGAGGAGGGAGGAGGCCGGAGGGCGGAGGGAAGGGAAGUGGCUUCUGGCCGCCCUCGCUCCCAUUCCCAUUCACCUUUGCCACCCCCGAGACCACGUCCCGCAGCUGCCGGGGCUGGGUCGCAGGGCGGGAACGUCCGCGUCCCUCCGGUCCAACGCACCGCUCCUCUCCGAGAUCCCCGGAAGCGAGCUAGGAGACUCCCCGGGCGGACCGAGCCUCUCUCCAUCUGCUGCACCUGGGCUCUCCCUCACCUGCGCAGGUGUGAAGACUCUUAUUUGUGCUUACACCGCUGCCACCAUGACAGGCUUCCCAACCCUACCUCCCCCAAAAGCAGAGGAACUGAUGAUGUCCACUCCACUCCAACAAGCCACUGAAACCCUGACCCCUACAGCUGUUGCCAACACUGCAGUCAUUGCAGGUGUUAUCACAGUGGUCUUCAUCACCCUGCUCUCAGUGCUGAUUGUCAUCAUCAUUUACCUGUACAAGAAUAAAGGCAGCUAUUUCACCUAUGAGCCCGCAGAAGGAGAAGCCAGUGCAACUCUACAAAUGGAGGGUGAUUCAGUCCAAGAGAAAAAGGAGGAAUAUUUCAUCUGAUGAUUUCCAGGCACCCAAAGAACUCCUUUGGUCUCAAAAUGAAAGACUGAGUGCUUAAUUUAUUAGGUGAAAGAUGCAUCUAAAGCCACAGAUAGGGGAUGAUAAUGGACAAGUCUGUGCUCUCUCCAGGUCAAGAUCUAGGGACACUUCCAACCUGAGUACCCACAGCAGAGACCUAGGGGACAAAGGGAAGUAGUGAAAGCAGAUUAUGAUGCCUUUAGCUAGAUCUCUGUCAUGGAUCUUAAGAACUAGACGGGGUAGGACUAAAUACUGGGCAUAUGGGUAUUUACCAGUACUCUUGUAUUUAUCCUAUACUCUUAUUUGGUGGGAGAAUAGUGAUGGAUGUCACCCAAUCCCACUCUGCCUCUGGGCUGCAUUAUGUAAUUCAUGAAGAAUCCUAAUUACUGGUCCCCAAAAGUUAUUUGGCAUCCUUAUAACUAUUGCAGCAACUUGAAGAGGGGAUGAUGUGGUGAUGGUGGUGAUGAUACAUUAGCUGACCUCCUGCUGGGAUCUGAUACAUACCCUUUCUUCAAUCCCCCUUCUCAGGGGACUUCUGAGCCCAUUUUCUUAUUCCCAGUCCACUGUUGUAUUUGUGAUAUUUUUUUUAUCAUAAUUAAAAUUUUUCAUUACAUGA